GUAAACAAGCGUAGUUAAAUACAGUAUUACAACAGGGAAACCGGCUGGCAAUUUUAUCAGUAAAAUGGCAGAUAUGAAUACUUGAAACUCCACGUAAAAGGGACCGACUGACUUAGUUCCCAAUUUUAUGUGAAUUUAUCUGUGUGUUCGUUUGACCACGUAUGGGAACAGAACCACAAUCUCGCUUUAAAUAGUGCAACAACGUGGACAUAGUGUUUAACGAAACGUUUUUGGAGUAACGUACGCACAUAACCACACGCGUUGUAUGUUUAGUGAACGUUAAGUGUAUCCUGUAACUUAAUACAGUUCCGGAUUAUAGAUAGGAGUGCCUACCAUGUUAUCGCAAAGAACGUUGACCGGCUGGUUGCGGGUUACAUGUUUGUUGUUAAUAUUUUGUCGGCUAUCGACGUCGGAGAAGGUCCUAGGCGUGGAAACAGACGAGUUUGAUUUCGACGGACUUCCGGGCGCUCAACACGAGUUUAAGAUUGAAAUCGGAGCCGGAAGGGAGGAAUGUUUCUACCAACCCAUCGUUAAGGGCGGUAAACUGCAUGUGUCUUUUGAGGUUUUGAGGGGCGGUGACGGUACCAGUGCCUUGUUCUUGCUAAAUCAGGAUCCCGUCACGGGGAUAUUCACAAUUCUCCAGAAAACCGAGCAAGUUGCCCGGGGUGGAUUUCAAUAUGGCCCCUUCGAAGAAACCCGCGCCUACGCCAUCUGCCUGGAUAACACGGCGAGCCGCAUGGCGUCCAAGCUGGUCUACGUGUACCUGGUGACGUACGUGGAGGAGGAGUGGUCAAAGUACCGGCAGGAAAUAGAGGACCUGCAGCUCACCGUCACCAACUUUUCAGAAACCAUCAAGAACGUACAGCAGUCGAUCACCGACUCUCUCGUGCACCAGGCCUCGAGCCGUAUGAAUGUCAUUAGGGACUGGUAUCUAAUCACCGGUAACAACACGUACGUCCAGCGGAUGUCCAUCGCCAUGUGCCUGGUCAUCGUGAUCAGUUCCUGCGUCCAAGUGUAUUUUGUGCGGCGGCUGUUUAGAUACACGAACGUCACAUCGACUAAGAAACCCCGCGCGUAGCCAACGUGUUAAUUGAUUGUGGUGAUUUCGAUCUCCUAAAUAGUGUUUGACUUUUCUUGUAUAUAUACAGACGAUGUGAAAUUGAAGGCAUAAUGAAAGGCAUUAAUAUGUUUUUAUUUGCAAAACUUAUUCACGCAUUUGUUUAUCGUGAAAACUUUGUCAAGAGUUGUACUGUUUAAUUGGAAUUUAGUUCGUUUUAAUUUCGCGGGUUAUCCCCGUAUUGUAACUAACUUAUUAACUAGACCAAAAAUAAAAUAAAAGUAAAACAAA